CAGGCUGUGACUUUCAGAUGUUUCUUCCAUAAUAUCCUAUACGUAGUUAUGAGAGUAGAAAAAGGUGCAAGUUCUGCAAUUGAUGGAUAGUGGGAACUUAGCUAGUGAGCGACAGCCUUCAGAUAUUUCAGAUGUUGUGUUUAUCAAAGCCGGCACACGACAUUUCUCAUAGAUGAGUGGGCAGGAAACCACGGGUCGGCUCCUCUACUAACUGACAGACUUCUAGAGAUAUGCACUCCAUCUGAGGACCAAGGAUGGGUCUGGGUUCUAGCAAGAAGAUUUGGAAGAGAGAGGAACAAUAUGAAGUGAGAGGACCCAGUCAUAGUAACCUUUACAAAACUUCUCAUCCACCAACCAUUCCAACCUCCCGACCACAUAAUUUUGCCCUCCUAAACAGGAAGUCAAAUCAAGGGAAGAAGUUUGUUGCUGUUAUGUAUGACUACACUCCAAUUAAUAAUGGAGAUCUCCAGCUACAGAAAGGGGAGAAGCUCCAGCUCCUGUCUGACACCGUUGGAGAGUGGUGGUUUGCAAAGUCCGAGGUUAGUGGCCAAGAAGGCUAUAUCCCCAGUAAUUAUGUCACACAGGUUGCCGGAUUGGAAUCGGAAGCAUUCUUAUUUAAUAACAUUACUCGAAAAGAUGCGGAACGACAACUAUUAGCUCCAGAAAACAUUCCUGGAACCUUCCUUAUCCGGGAGAGUGAAACAAACCCAGGCACUUAUUCACUUUCUGUGCGAGACAAAGACGAAACCCGGGGAGAUUCCGUGAAACACUAUAAGAUCAGAAUGCUGGAUAAUGGCGGAUAUUAUAUUUCCCCGACUCUCACAUUUUCCUCACUACAAGACCUAGUGAAACAUUAUACUGAAAGAGCUGAUGGUUUAUGCCGGAAAUUGGAAAAGCUCUGUCCAGCAUUGGAGAAAAGCAUGUGGGAAGUGGAUGUCUGGGAGAUCCCGAGGGAUUCUUUGCGGCUUGUAAAGAGACUUGGAGCUGGGCAAUUUGGAGAAGUAUGGAUGGGAUAUUAUAAUAACAAUAUGAAAGUGGCCAUCAAGACAUUAAAAGAGGGCAGCAUGUCACCCAUGGCUUUUCUGGAGGAGGCCAACUUGAUGAAAACCCUUCGACAUGAUAAACUGGUACAACUUUUCGCGGUGGUAACCAAGGAACCCAUAUACAUUGUGACAGAGUACAUGGUAAAUGGAAGUUUAGUAGACUUUAUGAAGACCGAUCAAGGAAUGAAUCUGCGUUUUCCAAAACUGGUGGACAUGGCGGCUCAGGUUGCGGAGGGCAUGGCGUACAUCGAAAAAAAGAAUUACAUCCACAGAGACCUUCGAGCCGCCAAUGUCUUGGUGUCCGACAUACUUAGCUGUAAAAUUGGAGACUUUGGCCUGGCGAGAGUGAUUGACUCAGAAUACAUAGCCAAGGAAGGCACUAAAUUCCCCAUCAAGUGGACGGCUCCGGAAGCCAUCAACUUUGGAGUAUUUACGAUAAAGUCAGACGUGUGGUCAUUUGGGAUCCUACUUACAGAAAUCGUCACCUCUGCUCGCAUUCCCUAUGCAGGUAUGUCCAACCCAGAAGUCAUACAGCUCCUAGAUCAGGGUUACCGCAUGCCCUGCCCGGAGAACUGCACCACAGAUCUUUACGAGAUCAUGCUGAAAUGUUGGCGAGAGAAGCCGGAGGAAAGGCCAACCUUCGAGUACCUGCAAUCUGUCUUGGAAGAUUUUGGUACGGCCACAGAGAAGCAGUAUGAAGAGGAGCCUUGAGAUACUUUAUAUGGAUUUACAGAUUAAAGAGUAGAAAACCUUGCGUGGAACGUAUCGCUGGCCUUAUGGAGGAAAACAAUGGAGACUUGAACAAUAUGGCCUCUUUGUCAUGUGACCUUGAGAACAAAAUAUUAACAUUAGGAAUCAAUUUUGAUGGUGAUGUGCACAGCUACAUGCUGGGUUAGUGUGGUUUUAUAAUACGUGCUCAACGCCAUCCUCCGUAAUCAUCUCAUUGGUCAUAUUUGUGGACUUCCCGUGCACCGUUUUUUAAUCAAUGUUGCAAAAUGUUUUUGACAGGAUUGAGCUUAUCAACUCAGAUUUAUCUAAUCGUGAUUGCCAUCAUAAUGCUUAGAGCAGGGUUUGACAAAUUUGCUUGGAAUCUAGGAGCCAGCUAAAAAAGUUA